GUGGCGUUCGCACAGAGUGCCUGGGACAGUCGGCGGCACAGUUCCUGGCUGCUCUGCUGAGACGAGCUCUUCAGCCCCUCGUGAGUGGGACUCCGGAGCCAUCCACAGAGACAGAGCGAGUCAGGAGACAGGCGGGGGCUUUGCCGGGGGCUGGACUCCGCAGGCCGAUUCCCACACUUCAACAGCCUGUGCACACUUGUUUGAUCGCUUCCCCCCACCCUCAGGUCCUCGAAGAUGGCGAUGGCUCUGGCGGUAUUGCGGGACUGGUGCAGGUCGAUGGGCGUGAACGCUCAGCGAUCUCUGCUCAUCCUGGGAAUCCCAGAUGACUGCAAAGACCAGGAAUUCCAGGAGGCUGUGCAGGCUGCCCUGCGUUCCCUGGGCAGGUACCGAGUGCUGGGCAAGGUCUACAGAAAGGAGCUGGGGUCGAGUGUUGCCCUGGUCGAGUUUGCUGAGUGUUUAAAUCGAAGCUUGCUGCCCCGCCAAAUACCAGGCAAGGGAGGGCCCUGGACUGUGGUCUGCCUGCCCCAGGCCCCUGAUGCUGAUUCACAGGAUAGACCCAAUUGCCCUGCGCAGCCCCAGGGACAAGCAGUGGUUGGCAGGGCGGGUGAGGCAGGAACUGCAGGUCACUCAGGAACUGCAGGGGAGGAGGAAGCUGCAGGGGAGGCGGGAGUCGCAGGUAUGGAGGGAGACACAGGUGAGGAGGAAGCCUUAGGUGAGGAGGGAGCUGAAGGUGAGGAGGGAGCUGCAGGUGAGGAGGGAGCUGAAGGUGAGGAGGGAGCUGCAGGUGAGGAGGGAGGUGCAGGUGAGAAGGGAGCUGCAGGUGAGGAGGGAGCUGAAGGUGAGGAGGGAGCUGCAGGUGAGGAGGGAGCCUCAGGUGAGGCAGGAGCCGCAGGUGAGGAGGGAGCCUCAGAUGAGGCAGGAGCUGCAGGCGAGGAAGGAGCUGCAGGUGAGGCAGGAGUUGCAGGUGAAGCAGGAGCUGAGUCAGAUGAGGAAGGAGCUGCAGGUGAGGAGGGAGAUGAAGGUGAGGAGGGAGCUGAAGGUGAGGAGGGAGCUGCAGGGGAGGAGGGAGCUGCAGGUGAGGAAGGAGCUGCAGGUGCGGAAGGAGCUGAGGGUCAAGCAGGAGCUGAGGGUCAAGCAGGAGCUGAAGGUGAAGCAGGAGCUGAGUCAGAUGAGGAAGGAGCUGCAGGUUACAGAAAUGUUGCAGGCGUGGCAGGACUUCUGAGUAUGGCAGGACCCACGGGCGAGGCAAUGGCUGCGCCUGAGGAAGCAGUUGUGACAGCGGCAGGCGCCAUGGGUGAGGCAGGGCCCGGGACCCAGCAGUGGAGGCAGGCCUUGCAGCCCGUGCUGGACAGCAUGGGCUACCAGGAGCUGGGAACCUUCUCUGGGAUGGAAGAGCCGGGCCACGGGGAAGGGUCCUCUGAGAGCUGGCUGGAGCAGGCCAGCCACACGCUGCACCUGUGGCGCCACGUGUCUGAGAGGGAGAGGAGGAGGAGGCUGGUGGAGAGCUUGCGCGGCCCCGCGCUGGACCUCCUGCGCGGCCUCCUGGCGGAAGAUCCCGAGCUGGCUGCCCAGGACUGCCUGGCCGCGCUGGUGCAGGUGUUUGGGAACAAGGACCCCCGGGGGAGUGCUCGGCUGAAGUUCGUGACCUGUGCCCAGCGGCCCCAGGAGACUCUCUCUGCGUACGUGAUGCGCCUGGAAGGCCUGCUGCAGUCGGCCCUGGAGAAGGGGGCCAUCCACCCGGCCAUGGUGGACCAGGCGCGCGCCCGGCAGGUGCUGACGCGGGCCCGGCUGAACGACACGCUCCGGGACACGCUGAGGAGGAGGCGGCUGAUGAGGAGGCCUCCCGGCUUUGCGGGGAUGCUGCGGCUCAUCCAGAAGACCGAGGCCUGGGACGCCGACCCGGCUAGCAGGGAGCACUUCCCAGGGCAGGAAGAGGCCCGUGUGGACGUUGCAGUCCUGGCAGCAGCCGCCCAGGCCGCCCCGGCCCAUGAGGCCAUCACCGCAGGCACCACUGCACAUGGUGAAGAUACCACUGCCCAGGCCGCCCGUUCCAAGGAAGGGAGCGCCGAGGACCACCCGGCACGUGAGGAGGCCAGUGCGGCAGUUGCCGGCACUGCCAAGGCUGGCGAGGCGGCCCCUGAAGACCAUGGUGCCGCCAGGGCAGCCCCUGGCCCUGGGGAGACCAGCAACGCGUCCACGGCCACUCAGGAAGAUGGAAGUGCUGCCACCCCUGCGGGCCUAGGUCAGGCAGGACCCUCAGAUGCCCCCGGAGUCCCCAUGCCUGGCCGGAUGGGCAGUGCUUCCCCGGUGGCCCCAGGAGGUCCUGGCUGGGAGCCAGAGGGCCUCGCCCAGGCAGAAGGCCAGGAGGCCGAGGAGACCCCCGAGGAGGGGCUCAAGCCCAUCCCAGAAGAGCCGGGAAAUGAGGACGGGGCUGCAGAGAUGAGCCCCCCGGGGUGCACCUCAGGCCAGUAGGCUCCGCAGGUCCCGGGGCCCCCAGGCUUGGAGGCAGGGGGAGGCCAGGCCUGGCAGCCUACUGGCCCCAUAUUAGGGGCCACUCCAGGUGCCUGGGCCUCCCUCCUGAGAGGGUCCCCUAUUCAUCAUUCCCUGGGGCAGGUUGCUCCCUGUACUGGCAAGCCCAAAUGUGUCCCUGUAGGCCCCAGAGGGACCCAGGUGUCAAGGAACCCCCCAGCCCCCGCUCCCCUCCCACCAACACACACACCCUAGCCAUCGUCCCCCCGCAGAGCCCUGAGGUGCGCCACGUGCCAGCCAAGGCUCUGGUCUCUGUGGGCCAGUGUCGUGAGCUCAACGUGUGCUUUCUGGGCAUAGAUUCAGGCCCAGCGCUGCCUGUUGUUGUGGAAAUGUGCAUGUGUUCUCCUCUGAGCAGUUCCCCCAACCCCUGCGCGGCGUGGAGACCCCGAGCCCAGUCCCAGGAGCCGGCGGGAAGGACGGGAUGGACGAGGUCACAGCCAGCGCCCACCCCAGGACCUGGGAGCCCACCUGCGACCUUCAGAAGGAAGACCUUGACCAGGGCUGCAGGAGGUCUGCGGGAGGACCCCAGGGCUUGUGUUCUGCUGGGCCACCCCGUUGUUCCUCGGGACUCCACGUCCCCGGCUUGGUGGCGUGCGCCCUGCUGUGGGACUGUCCUGUGCCCGCCAUAGGGCAGGGCCAGGCCCCGGGCAUGUGGGCCAGAAAUGGAGGAUCUGCCCUGGGGGGAGCGGGCAUGGCCGGCGCCCAUCUUCCUGGCGAGAGGCCACCCGCGGGGCCCUCAGGAAGGGAGACUGUGGGGAGAUGGAGGGCCGCCGGGUGGGGUGUAGCGGAGGCACCUUUUUGAGGACCCUGGUGGGGCCGGGACCCGUGAGCUCCGGUGGCCGUUAGAAGUUCCUCUGUGUGUUGUUAUGCCCUCUGUUCAAUGGUUUCAGUCAAUGUUUCUGUUUAAUAAAUUUCCCUGAAUGUUU